AGUAAACUGUUGUAUUCAGGUUAAGAGAGGUCACCCGGAUAUGGUUCCCCCUAGACUGCAGUUAAGCCGGAUUGCAAUUACCAAGUUCAGUUUCUAUGAUAGUUAUGCUGCGGAAGGUUCUUAAACAGCCUAAAGUCUCGACUAAAGGUCUUCAGACCCUCUCAAUCUGAGUCUCUAGCGGGCGACUAACCUCCACCGGAGUAAACAGAUUGAGGCCCUAUGAACAAAACCUCCACUACCGAAGUGAAUCCGGUACAGAAUAGUGAGUUGGCUCCUCGACUAAAGUCACCAACUCCCUACCUUCAAUCAAGGAUGCUCUAUCAACCUAGGCAGAUAUUCUCAUUCUAGGUUAGAGUAGAAACAACAGGAAUUUGAUCAGGAUUCAAGUCAUUCAAUCAUUCAAGCCUCAAUCGAAUAUAACCAAAUCAUAGAAUCAGUACUUGGGUUCAUACAAUCAAACCUAACAUACAAAUCAAGGGUUCUCCAUACCCAGAUGAAUGGGAGAACUACUCCAUGGAGAAAGAAGCAAAAGCAGAAUCAGACGCGGAAUUCAUACUGUGAAGGAUGGAUUCCUGCUUCUAGACGUUGAUCGGCACUUCUCCAAGCUCAAACUGGCCUCCAAUGGUGAUGAAGAUCAAUCUAGGGCACUUGGAGACUCUUGUUCGUCAUUUUCUCUCUCUAGGAAUCGCUCUAUCUCUCUCAAAACUCGAAUCCCCUUCUGUUUUGGCUGAAAUCUGCUUAAAAGGGCAUCAGUGGCCAAAGCACGGUCGAGGGCACGGCCGUGUAAUGCCUCAGCCCGCCCGUGCUUUGGCUAGGGUUAAUUACACGGCCAGUGCAUUGGGGGAAACACGGGCGUGUUUCAUGAUGGACACGGCCGUGCUUUGGUGGCCACGGCCGUGCUUUCUUGACACGCCAAAACACAACACCAAUCUGCGACCAAGUGUAAUCGCAGACCGGGAAUGCGGUAACAGGCAAGUUACAUUAUCAACCCGGGGUCUAGAUCUACUGCUUACUCAGUGAUUCUCUGUUAUCUGGCCAACUAAAGUAAGUGGUUGUUGUUGAAAAGCAAAAGCAGAAAUAAAGCAGGAAUUGAUACGGUUUUCUCAAGCAGGAAAGAGUCACUCGGGAAUGAGUCCCCCUAGCUCCUUAGUUAGGUUUCAAUUGUAUUUCCCUGGGUUGAUUUACUGUUGAUUAGACUGCGGAAGAUCCGACAGUAGCUUGGAAUCUCUUAAGCUGACCAAGCCCUCUCAGUCUAUCUACCCGGCAGACGACUAAUCUUCACCGGGAUAGAAAGCUGAAGCAGUAAGAACAGAACUCCACUACUGGAAUUGGAUUCCAGUACAAAGCAGUCAACUGGCUAACUCUCGUAUAGCCAAUCUCCUACUAUCGAAUGAUGAGACUCUAGCAACCUAAUCAGAUUCUAUCUAUCUCAGAUUGCAGCAGGAAUCAGGAAAAGUUGAUCAGACUUCAAUUGACUCAAUAAACAUGCAUCAUUCGAUUAAAAUCAAACAGUAAUAUCAUCCCAAGUCAUUACAAUCAAUCCCUAACACAUAGAACUAGGGUUCUUCAUCCCCAAGUGAGAGAGGGGUUCUACUCCAUAGAGAGAGAGAAGAGAACAAGAUACAAAGCAAUCAUACUCAUAAUUAUGGGAAGAAUCUGCUCUGGGAUGAUGAUUUCCACUCCUAUGACGAUCUCCAAGCUUGAUUUGAUGAAACCCAGCUCCAAGAUGGCUUAUAGGAUGUGUUCUUCGUCCUUUCUCUCUCUAGGGCUCUGUUUUUGCUCAAAAAGUCCGAUCCUCUCUCUUGCAGCCCGGAAUUGGGUUAAAACCAGGAAUUCCCAACUUACACGGGCAGGGCCACACGGCCGUGUGGCAUACCCAGUUGCCCGUGUGAGUCAAAACGCUGCGUUCCAAUUAGUUCGAUCUUCAGGCUUCUCACACGUCCAGGGUCGCACGGCCGUGUGAGAAUUCUAUCUGCCCGUGUUUGCUCUCGGCGAAACUCGCACGGCCAGGUCACCCCUUCACACGGCCGUGUGAACAUCAGGGCAGCCCGUGUUUGCUCUCGCACAAUCUCACACGGCCAAAGUGGUCACUUGCACGGCCGUGUGAGUUGUGGGUGUGCCCGUGUGGCCUCCUUUUUGACUUGCCUCGCGCCCGAUCUUCGUCCAAUUGACCCCAAACUCGCUCCCAAGCCUCCAUUCACGUACUAGGACCUGAAAUAUCACAAACAAGCACAACCUAGCGUGAAAUCGGUCUAAAACACGAGAAAUCACAUCUCAAACGGUGUAAGAACAGGGUAAAAACAUGUGUAAUUAACGGUCUAUCAAACUCCCGCACACUUAACCGUUUGCUUGUCCCCAAGCAAACCAAGUCAGACACAAGGUAAGCUCACAUAUUUCAAUCAACCAACAUUGGGGACAAGUCAUAAAGGCACAGAACACGUGAAUCGUACUGGUUUUCAAACAUCAAUACAUGACCAACUUCAACAGCAACCUGGACAACCACCACAAAGGACAUUCGAGUGCAUCAAAAUCGAGUAAAGGAAGAGUCUCCCUUCUGUUCACCAACCAACCUAGACUUGACUCAACCACUUACUCAAAACAGUCAACUCAUGCAUCCAACUCAAGACAUCAGAAUAGAGACCGAGCAAUCUAGGUCCUCACCGGGGUACAAGAGUAUAUAGAUAUGAAAAUGAAUCACUCACUCUCGA